GCGUCGAGUAUGACGGGUCACCGUUCCAAAUGGUGGGGACAAAACUUUAUGGAUGUCACCUGGGAAAAGACAAGAACAAAUCCAAGAAGGAUAAGUACCACGCACAGAAGAGUCAACAAGCGCUUGAAGACCAUGUCUUCCAAACACGAUACCGCUCAGUUCAGAACACCAAGAAGAUGGACUGCCCUGUUCAGUUCUAUGCUUAUCACAUCAUCAAGUUUCCUGAGUUCAAGAUUUCAGAGGACACUCCUGCCAGAAGGAGGAACGUCUCCGAGAAGUUGAGGGAUGCCAUUGCUGACAAUCCGUCAUCUGUUAAAGCUGUUGUUGAAUACCACACAUCGUUCCCCUCUCUAGAAGAGCACCAAAACCACCCAAUUGUUGGAGAGGCUGCCCAACUGCGGGAGGAAGUUGACGAGACUAUUGUAGAGAAAAUCAAAAGUCUCACCCGGCUAGGUGUCAAGAAGAUCAGCGAGAUGAGGCGGCAUCUUGUUGCAUUUGUCACUGACGUGUUGUUCAAAGGUCGGCAUCCUCCUCCACCAACACGGCGCCGCUACACACCAACUAACAGGGACAUAUGGAAUAGGAUGGCCAGUGUAAAGGAUGCGACAAAGGAUGCCAAACAAGAUCAAAGAAACGUGCAGAUUCUGGCAGACCAAUGGUCAUCCCAGCAGGUUGACUGCAGAGUCAGGUUUCGGCCGAGCAAGGAGAAUGCAGACGGCACAGCCACAAGCUUGCUAUUCUGUUAUCAGGCAGCAUGGCAAAGAAGACUGCUACACAAGUAUGGGCAGCAGAUGUGCCUGCUUGACGCAACCUACCGUACAUGUAGAUAUAGAAUACCACUAUUCUUCCUCUGUGUACGUACCAAUGUGUGCUACUCGGUAGUAGGUGUGUUUGUCCCACAGACCGAGAAGAGUGAAGACAUCAGAGAGGCUCUGCAAGUGUUCAGGGAGUGGAAUCCCGACUGGCAGCCAUCUCACUUCAUGGUGGAUUUCUGCGAGGCAGAGAUCGGUGCCUUGGAGGAAGAGUUCCCAGACUCAGAGGUGCUCCUCUGCGAUUUCCACAGAGAGAAAGCCUGGGUCGAGUGGGUGAGGAAGAGGGAUCAUGGGGUGUUUGACGACCAGCGCACUGUCCUCUGUCUCCUCAGAAACAUCGCAGCUGCUACCACACACGACGAAUACAACAUGCGGGUAGACCAGCUGAAGGCAUCCAACAUCUGGCAACAAAGUGCCCAGCUAAGAACUUGGUUCUCUACCAAGUGGCUUACAAAUGCUGAGAGAUGGGUCCAUGUGUUCAGAGAUGAGAACCUGAAGAUCUCCAUUUACACAAACAACGGAGUCGAGCGCCAAAAUGAAACCCUGAAAUACUCCCACCUAGAAGGCAGGACGAGAAUCAGCCUCUCGGAGAUGAUCACUGUGGUUGUCACAGAUUUCCUGCCGACAUCGUACCGAAGGUACAUCCAACUAAACGUAAUGUACUCGUCCUGCUAUCGACGGUACAACAGCAAGUUGCCACGGUUCCUCCAUGACAGACCAAGGGGGGUGGUGACUCACAUUAUGUCAAGAAUGGAGGAAGCAGCAGUAUGCUUCAACCCAGAUGACAUAGGACAGGUGGGCAAUGGUGUAUUUCACGUCAAGAGCACAACUGACCCAAGUAAAAGCCACAUUGUCAACUUUGGCACAAGUGCAAGCAACAUGCCAUUUUGCACGUGCAAGGACUGGUCCAGAAACAAGCUGCCAUGCAAGCAUUUCUGUGCUGUGUUCACCCUCUUGAAAGAAUGGGGUUGGGAGAAACUUGCAAGUGCCUAUAAGGAUAAUCCCAUCCUAUCUCUGGAUCACACAUGCUUGGGACAGACUGCAGUUUCUAAUGAGAGGGAUGACAGCAGCAGUGACACAGACGGGAUCUCUACAUCUUCACCACCAUCACCACCAUCACCACCACCACCUUCAGAAUCAUCCUACCUGGGACUGCCUGAGCCAAAACGGUCGAAGAAGAAGCUGCUCCAAAUGGAAUGUGCAAGUCUGCUGCGAGAGAUAACAAACCUGACAUACAAUGUUGAGGAGGAGUACCUGAGGUCUUUCAAGCAACAACUAGUAAAUCUGAUGGAAGACAUGCAGCAAAACGCACCCCGAGAUGACAGUGUUCCACAGCUCCCAAUUGAUGCCAGCCAACUACCAAAGAAAAGGAAACGAGAGACACCUGUGGACAAUGUGAGCGACCUACCAACUCGGCCUUCAAAACAUCCAUCCUCAAGGAGAGUUGGCCAUCGUGCCGAAAUGAUGAGGGAGACCUUGCGUGUUAAUGUCAGCAUGGACACCAUAGUUGAGGAAAAUGAAGAGCUGGAGACAUACAUUGAGUCUGACCUGGAGGCUGUGGUUGACUGCGACAUGGAGAAUGAUGAGGCGCAAAAUGAAUGGUUGGUGAUCAACGAUACAAAGCUGACACAGAAGGACAGACAGAUCCUACAAGAAGAACUGUGGCUGAAUGACAAACACAUCAAUUCUGCACAGAAGCUGAUCAGCAACGAAUAUCCCCUCAUCGAUGGUUUAGGGGAUACAGUGAUCCUGACGGCCAAUCAGCAAGGCCCUGUCCCAGCAUCCAGUGACUGUGUGCAAAUGCACAAUGUUAAAGAUCACUGGGUCGUGUCCACAUCUGUUGGGGGGAACAUCACCGUGUAUGAUUCACUACAGCCAUCCAUGAAGCCUGAGCUUCGCAGCCAGUUGGCUAAUCUGUACAGGCAGUUGCUAUUGGGGAAGACAGUAUCAUUCCUGUCAAUGUUGUCUGUGCUCAGAGGCAACAAGGUGGAAAUGACUGUGGACUGUUUGCCAUUGCCAACGCUGUAGCGAUUGCGGAGGAAAUUCCACCUACACAAGUUGUGUUUGAGCAAGGACAGAUGAGGCGUCAUUUCGAGGAAUGCCUGGAAAGAAAUGAAAUCACGAUGUUCCCACAUGACACCAAAGUUGGGCAGGCAAACACUGUGUCAGUCAGCUACCAGUUGACAACAUAUUGCUGUUAUGAGCACAGACCAGGCUCACCUAUGAUUAUGUGCGACAAGUGUGCCCAGUGGUACCACUACUCUUGUGUCAGUCUAAGUGACAGUGAAGUGUAUGCCUUGGUCACACAAGAGGAAGAUUAUGUCUGUCCUACGUGCCACACACACAGUGACUAGAAAUAUCACUGUAAAAGUACAACAGCUUUAUUUGUUUUAAUUUGUAAGGGAUAUUAGUUUGCCCACUUUCUAAGAGCAGGACAAAUCUGUCAAGCCUAGUACUAGUAGUAGUGUACGUCUUGGUGGCGAUGUUCAAGCCUAGUACAUGCAGUGAUACCUUUCAGUCACUUACAAAGUUCAACAUUAGGUUUAUCCCAAGACUUACAAUCAGUACU